AGAAAACACCGGAUACACUACACAUGGCCCUACAUGUUGAUAGAAUAGAAGCAUGUGUCGUUAAUUAUAGUUAAAAUGCUGGGAAGGCUUUUAAAGGUGGCUUCUACGGCAUCAUUUGAUAUUAGCAAAAGUGUAUUACGAAAUACAAUUCGGACAGUCUCAUCAAAUCCUAUCUGCCGACAGAAACUUGACACAGAUACAACAGGAACAAACUCAUUACCUCUGUCUGUAAGAGAACCAAUAAUAACAUCUCGAGAUGUUCCAAGGGUACCAUUCAUGGAAACACCUCAGGCAUGGCUUGAGACGCUCGGUAGCAUUCAAGAUUCUAAGCUAGGAUUAAUUGAUCUGCAUCCCGAUGUAUUUGCAGCAAGUCCACGACUUGAUAUUCUUCAUCAAAAUGUGAGAUGGCAACAGGCAUAUAAAAGAAUAAGUUUUGCAAAAACGAAAACAAGGGCUGAGAAACGUGGUGGUGGGAGAAAACCAUGGCGACAAAAAGGAAGUGGAAGAGCUCGUCAUGGUAGCAUCAGGUCCCCACUUUGGAAAGGAGGUGGAAAAGCACAUGGACCGCGUGGACCACGGAGCUACUGGUACUUCCUUCCAACAGAAACACGUGCAACAGGAAUGCGUAUCAUGUUAUCUAUCAAACAUGCACAGGACGAUCUACACAUCGUUGACUCCUUAGAACUGCCCUCUUCUGACCCAGAGUAUUUGAUUGACAUUGCAAAAGAACGAUGCUGGGGUUCAUCCAUUCUUUUUGUGGACAGAAAACUCUUGGAAGAUUUACCAGAGAAUUUUAUAAAUGCAGUGAAUUGUGUAAAGACGUAUAAUGUUAUGACAAUGGAAGGUUUAAAUGUUUACAGCAUGUUGAAACAUCAAACACUGGUGCUAACAUUAGAUGUUGUGGAUGUGCUUGAGGAACAGCUCUGCUAUCACCAAAAUUGCUUUAAAAGCAAACAGCAACAACAGUUCAAGUCCAUCAUACAAUCUCAAUUACAAGAUCGAUAUUGAGGCUGCUAUU